AUGUCUGAAGCAGGUACGUGUUUCAUAAAUGGUGUUUCUCUUAAUGCUAUCAUUGAUAUUGGUGCGACGCGUUCGUUUAUAUCUCUUGAUUGUGCUAACAAGUUAAGUCUUGAAGUGUCUUCUAUGACUGGUAGUGUGGUCAUUGACACCCCAACUAAUGGUUCGAUUGUGUUGUUUCCUGAGUCUAAAGAGAGUGAGGAUUCGAGGUUCAUGUUUGUCGGUCAGGUAGAGAUGUCUUUGAGGGAGAAUGAUCAGGUGCUCAUGACGUACACUUCCUUAAGAGUGGAGAGCGAUGUUGUGGAUAUUUGCGACUUGCGGCUGAAGCAAGAAGUUGAGUUUGCCAUUGACAUAGUACCUGGUACUAGUCAUGUGUCAAUGACACCUUAUCGAAUGUCUUUGUCAGAGUUGAGUGUGUUGAAGAAACAUUUAGAAGAUCUCCUUGAGAAGAAGUUCGUCAGGCCUAGUGUAUCGUCGUGGGGAGCGCCAACUUUUUUAGUUAACAAGAAAGAUGCGACAUGCGGUUGUGGGUUGAUUAUCGGCAACUGA